AUGGUUACCGAACAUGUCAAAAUCCUAUUGCCAUCAAGCUCUGUCCCACCAAAUGUCCAGCAGAUUGUAGGCAUACGGUCAUCCCAUUCUUCCGACGUAGAAGAAUUCCGUGGGAUACCAUAUGGUAUCGUGACCGAAAGAUGGGAGAGUCCGAAGCUUGCAGAUCAUCUUCCCUGCGACAGCUUCGAUGGCAGUCGUCACGGACCCAAAUGCCCGCAGCCGGCUGAACCAAACAAUACCGAAAUCUUCCAGUCGCACUUGGACUACUCUUCGGAAGUCGCGGAGUCGGAGUUGGAUUGUUUGAAUCUCUUCAUCGCCAGACCGAGUGCUGCUGCGCUUCACCAAGCAGGAAGCACCGGUGAGGAUGGCUUACCGGUCAUGGUCUGGAUCCAUGGGGGAGGGUAUGGCUAUGGAGCUGGAAGUGAUCCUCCCUGGGAUCCUUCUCGUGUCAUCCUCCAAUCUGUGAAAGUAGGGAAGCCGUUUAUAGCCGUCUACAUCAACUAUCGCCUCAACCUGUUUGGCUUUGGCGCAUCUUCGGAGCUUCUCGAAACUCAGUCAGACUCUUCGUUCAAAGGUUGCAACUUUGGCCUUCAGGACCAGCACGUGGCGCUGCAAUGGGUAUCGAAGAACAUUUCCGCAUUUGGAGGUGAUCCCAAUCGUAUCACUAUUGCAGGACAGUCGGCUGGUGGCAUUUCCGUUCAUGCCCAGGUCCUGGAAGCCAAAUCAAACCCUCGGAAGCCACUGUUUCAGAGAGCAAUUGUUCAGUCUGGAGCCAUGGGCACCGUAGGGCCGAUUUCUGCGGAAGAAGCUGAUAGUAGGUGGAUGUACCUAUGUCAGCAUCUGCACAUCACGCACAAAAGUGAAAAGGAGCGAGUUGACUUCCUCCGGAAGAUGCCUGCUUCUGACAUGGUUCGUAUAGCCGGCGAAAUCAAAUGGUUCAGCUUUCCAUUAGUAGCGGAAAACAAGACAGUGACCAUGUUGCCCGACGGAGGCGUCAAAGUUGUUCUGGAGCCUAGAUCUGAUGCCGUGAAUCAGGGCAUGGAGGAUGAGCCCAUCAAAGUUCUCAUCGGUGAUUGUGAUGGCGAGGGUAUGAUAUGGCUGGACUCGAUCUCCAAGAUUCGGUCUUACGAUGAAAUCAGAUCCGUCAUCGAACAUGCCUACACGUCCAAAUCACUGGUUGAGGCAGUCCUUGAAGCUUAUCAUAUUACAGCACAAAGCCAGACUGAAGAAUUGCAUCGAUGUCUAUUGCAAUUCAUGACAGACGCAAAGUUUGGCCUCCCAGUGCACAGCGCAAUACGUUCCCUCGCUUCUCAUAACCGCAUCGCGGGGGAAAUUGCAACAGAAGUCCAAGCUUACAGGAUUAAAUACACGAAUCCAUUCUCCGGUAUACUCUCAACCCUGGCCCACCAUUGCGUAGAUCUUCUCUAUAUCUUUGACGCUUUCUACGAAGAUCUCGCCAAAGCCGAGCCAAGCAGCGAGGCACUGGUAGAAGCGAUGCAGCAGCAUUGGAUUGAUUUUAUAUGGGAUGGUUGUCAGCCUGAGACAUCAAACUAUGGCGUGAGCGAGGACGAUAUCACGGUCUAUGAGAGGGAUAGAACACGGACGGUGAGGAAGCUGAACGAAGACCCGGAGUGCAUUGAGAGAGCGAAGAGGCUUGGGCUCUUGGCUCAGGAUCCAGCUGGAAUGAGGACACUUUGGGGGAUGUUGAGCGGUGUUAUACCUCGUAGUUAG